AUGGCCUCGCUCACCCCCCGCCGCGAGGCCUCGAGCAGCAGCGAAAAAUCCCAAACCAUCGCCCUCAUAGGCAGCGGCACCAUCGGCCUCUCCUUCGCCGCCCUGCACCUCGAGAAGAACCCCACCGCCACCGUCACCAUCUUCGACACCCGCCCGGAUUUGUACGAGUACAUCACCACCCACCUGCCCUCCUACCUGCUCGACGCCCACACCUCCGCCAGCUGGCAGGACCGGCUCACGCUCGCGCCCACGCUGCAGAAAGCCGUCGAGUACGCGGACAUUGUGCAGGAGCAGGGGCCGGAGAAGCUGGCGUUUAAGAAAGGCGUGUGGCCUGAGAUUGAGAAGCACGCGCGGGGCGAUGCGUUGUUCUGGUCGUCGACGUCUGGCAUCCCUGCCAGCGAGCAGAAUGUCGAUAUGAAGGACAAGAGCCGCUUGCUUGUCGUGCAUCCCUACAAUCCCCCGCACAUCAUGACACUGCUCGAGGUCGUGCCGAGCGCGCAGACGACGCAGGCGAGUAUUAACAAGACGCUAAAGUAUUGGAGAUCACUCGGACGCACGCCGGUGGUGAUCAAGAAGGAGUGCACGGGUUUCGUAGCGAAUCGCCUGGCUUUUGCGUUGUUUCGCGAAGCCAGCUCGCUCGUUGCGCAGGGGGUGGUCGAUGUGAAAGAUCUGGAUGCCAUUGUCACGUCAUCCAUGGGCCCAAGAUGGAGCAUCGCCGGCCCCUUCAAGGCAUAUCACGCCGGAGGCGGGGAGGGAGGCUUGGAAGCACUGAUGGACAAGAUUGGCGAUACAAUUCAGGAUGUCUGGGAGGCCAGUGCAAAGGACAUCGAGAAGGAGAAGAUUAACGUCGGCGAGGAGUGGCAGGCGAUGGUCUGCAAGCAGACCGAGGAAGAAUAUGGAAACAUUGACACCAAGGAGCGCGACUUCAAGACGAGAAAGGUGUUGCAGGCUGUGCAGGAUAAGGUGAAAUAG